CGCUGUUAGCGAAUGCAACCAUGCGCCUGGAACGCGAUUGGCGGCCAUUUCCGGCAGCUCUCUUUCUUUCUUCGUUCUUCUUAAUAAAAAGAGGACGGUAUCUGCGUUUGCAGAAUAUAUAGCACCUUUCAUUGGGUUUGAAAAUCAACGAAAAUGAGCUUAGGCAACGCCAGGCCAUUGGUCUCCGUGUACACGGAAAAGAACGAGCCAGCCAAGGGCAAGAACAUCUGCCUGCCGGCAGUGUUCAAGGCGCCCAUCCGUCCGGAUGUGGUCAACGAGGUUCACCAGCUGCUCCGCCGCAACAACCGACAGGCCUACGCCGUCAGCGAGCUGGCUGGUCACCAGACCUCCGCCGAGUCCUGGGGUACCGGACGUGCUGUGGCCCGUAUUCCCCGUGUGCGUGGUGGCGGUACCCACCGUUCCGGCCAGGGAGCCUUCGGCAACAUGUGCCGUGGUGGACGCAUGUUCGCCCCCACCAAGACCUUCCGUCGCUGGCACCGCAAGGUGAAUGUCAACCAGCGUCGGUACGCCCUGGUGUCGGCCAUCGCCGCCUCCGGAGUGCCCGCUCUGGUCCAGUCCAAGGGCCAUGUCAUCGACGGCGUCUCCGAGUUCCCCCUGGUCGUGUCCGAUGAGGUGCAGAAGGUCCAGAAGACCAAGCAGGCUGUCAUCUUCCUGCGUCGCCUGAAAAUCUGGGCUGACAUCCAGAAGGUGUACAAGUCGCAGCGCUUCCGUGCUGGCCGUGGUACCAUGCGCGACCGUCGCCGCAUCGCUCGCCGUGGUCCCCUGGUGGUCUACGACAAGGACGAGGGUCUGCGCCAGGCCUUCCGCAACAUCCCCGGCAUUGAGACCAUCAACGUGGACAAGCUCAAUCUGCUGAAGCUGGCCCCCGGCGGUCAUGUCGGUCGCUUCGUCAUCUGGACCGAGUCGGCUUUCGCCCGCCUGAACGAUCUGUUCGGCACCUGGAAGAAGCCGUCCACCUUGAAGAAGGGCUACAACCUGCCCCAGCCCAAGAUGGCCAACACCGACCUGUCGCGUCUGCUCAAGUCCGAGGAGAUCCGCAAGGUGUUGCGCGAUCCCCGCAAGCGUGUGUUCCGCAGCGUGCGCCGCCUGAACCCCCUGACCAACGUGCGCCAGCUGAUCAAGCUGAACCCCUACGCCGAGGUCCUCAAGCGUCGUGCCGCCCUCGCCGCCGAGAAGCGCACCGUGGCCAAGGUGCUGGCCAAGGCCAAGAAGCAGAACGUCGACCUGGCCAAGUCGCACUUCGCCAAUGUGGCCACCAAGGCUGCGGCCAAUCGCGCCAAGCUGCUGGCCGCCCGCAAGAAGAAGGUCGCCGCCAAGAAGCCAGCGGCCAAGAAGUAAACUUACUUUCCCCCGAGUAGAGCUGACACACUUUUAUAUUAUAAUAAACCACAAAAGUUGUAUGAAUUUUAUUCAUAAUACAUAGAGUGCGCGACAGUAAUGCUCAUUAAACUCUUAGUCUUAGGCACAUCA